AUGCAGCGUAUUGCUGCCUUCAUGCUGCAGAGGGUUGGUGUUGCUCUGGAACUGCAGGUCCUCUUCCGCGCAGAGGCGGAUGCGGUCUAUGAGUUGCUGCGCCUGGCUGAAACACUGGCGGAUGCGACGAGGCAGGCAUUACGCGGUCAAAUUACUAGCCAGACGGGAGAAACAACUGCUCAGCUCCCAUCAAACGAAGAGGAGGGAGGAGGGAUCAAGAGAGAAAAACCUUCUGAGAUUUCACAAACUUUGCACAGCAAAGAGGCAGUUCAGGCAGUGCAGGAUCACGUAGGAAAGGUCCUCGUGUCCGUGCAGAGCUUCUACGGGGAAGAAGAGGCUGGAGAGCGGCGAAAAGCCAAGGAGUUCCUGCAAGCGGUCUUGGCCCCAUAUGGUUCCUCUUCGAGUUCUGCUGCAGCUGCAGCUGCCAUACCUGCCAGCAGCAACAGUAGCAGGGCGUUGCUGGGGGAGCAGCUGCAUCGGAGUCGCCAAGGCCUGUUGGAUCUGGAGAGGAGCAACGAGGCGCUCGCCUCCCAAGUGCAAGAGCUGAAGGAGAAGAUCCGCGGAGCGGAGCAAAACGCGGAUCGGCUCAACAAGCAAUUGUUGUUGCUGGGGCGUCCUCAGAAUUCUGCCCUUGCGGCUGCUGAGGAACAGCAGCAGCGUGAAAUGCAGGAACAGCUGCGCCAGCUGUACAUACAAUACGCCCGCAGGUCUGCUGUCUGCGACACACUCACUGCAUCAGUGGAGGCUAUCGCGGGGCGUGCGGAGGCAGCAGCAGCUCAGAACAGGCUUCGCCUCCAGGAAGCCAGGCAGCAGCUCCAGCUGGAACAAUCUGCAGCAGCUUCUGCCACUGACACCCAAACUAAUGUAAGACACACACACCAGCAAGAUAGCGGCAACUUCGUCGCCCAAGCGUUCCCCACGCAGUCAUUCGAUUUCGGAUCGCUGGCCAACACGUUCAACGCAUUUGAUACAUUGCCAGUGAUAAUGGGCGCCAGCCGCUCUCACUGCAGCUGGUCUGGCUACAGCAACAGCAGCGGCGAUAUUAACGUCCAUUCGCUACAUAUUAUCCUUACAUAUAUUUCCUCUAGCUCGUGCACGUGUGAAAGGAUUCCAAGAGGUCCUGGGGUUGGUCAGUAA